GGUAUGGUCCCUCUGAUUUGACAGGCAGGCAGGUGAGGGCGCAGACAGUUGUGAAAUUGAAGUGGAGGAGAGUUUGAUCCCGUCCCGCGGACGCAAGAGGAGCGGGUGUUUGUUUGGUACGUGCUUGUGUUCGUGUCAUGUUCAUGUUCAUGUUCAUGCUGUUGUUGUGUUGUGGAGAUCGAGGCGCUUUGUAGUCGGGUGUCUUCUGAGGAGCCCAGCGCUGGUGUUUGUACAAAUGUCCUUGAGUUCGAGCGUAUGCUGUGCUAGGGUUUGAGAGAGAAAGGACUCGACAGAGGCGGAUUUUUUGGCGUCUGCUUACCCGCAAUUUUCCCCACGAUUUUGCUGGAUCGUGUUGUCUCUGAGGAGUAGCAAGGUGUGGAAUUGGGCGAGUCGAGGGGUUGCGAAUUCGAGCGAGAAGGUUGGGUCAGUCGGUCAAUCGGAACUGGUCAUCAGACGGAUUCUGCGCGAACCGAUGUCAUCGAAUCGGCUAAUUGAUAACGCUCCUGGAGGCAUAUGCGUGUGAUUUGCGUAUGCUGGAGCGGUGGAAUGCAGCGUGGUCAGAGUUUCGGGAAGCGGAUGGAAAGUGCAGAUUUCAUCUCACAAGAAUCAAUUCCAACUUUAGACUUUCCAUUGCAUUUGGUGGAUAUGAAAUGCCGCGGUUGAUUGUAUUGACGUUUUUCGUAGACGAAGAAGCUUAGGGCAAGAUGUUCCUGUCUGGUAUCCCAGACCUUCUAGAGUGGUCGUUGUCAUAGAAGAGAUGAGGAACGGUUCAUUCAGGUGCUCCAUAUUUCUCGGUCGGACCGGGAAAUAUGUACUGCUGAAUGCUCUGUUCUUCACUUACUUUCCAGUUCUAGAGAGUGACGGUAAGACAAUUUGCGGGGACCAUGACUCGUGGAAUACACAAAUUGCCGAAGGUUGAGAUUCCAGUACACCGUUUGAGACUUUGACCGCUAUGUGAAGACUUUCACAUGCUAUCGAAGAAUAAAAAGGAGGGGCUGCCUCUCAAAGAGAUAAAAUCGGACAACAAAUGGUUCGCUUAUUACAGGGAGAAAUUCGGUGCCUCCUCUGGCACGACCAAUAAAUCGCGGAGGACAUCACGGGCGGAGCCAACUAGCUCACAAAUCGUCAAAGAGAAAGAGAGAGGAAAAGAGAAAGCGCUUGCCAGUAGCAGCCCAGGGCAGCAGAGGGUAUGUAGUAUGAAAGGGAGCGAUUCCAUUGUUUUACCACUGGCUUACAAGAGGAUACCUUACGAGGAAGAGCGCAACAAAAACAGCCCUGUUCGUAUUUUGGGAGGAGGAUUAGGGGGAGGAGGAAACCGUGAGCGGAAGCCUGAGGUUCAAAGAAGUGCAAGCUCUAGAAACCUCGAUAGGGAGGAUUCAAGACGCCGAUCCAGUAUAUCCAAGGAGAUAGACGCGUUGUUUCCUGGGCCCAAAGUUUAUGGUGGCAGAGAUGCCGUAAAGGACCAGAUUGGUUUGCCUGGAGGUCGGAGUACUGUGACUCCUGCGGCUGCCCUCUCCACUACCUCUUCUAAUAGAGACUUACGAAGGAAGUCAGAUUCCAGCGCAUUCGUGCCCGAGCGGUGUAGAGGUGCGGACAAGGCUGACGAGAAGCUUUUGCGUGGCAGAAGAAAGUCAGCGGCGGUUGAUGCUCAAACAUCACUAUCGACUGACACGAACAAUAUCGCAAAACGUUCUCAGAGAAGUGAAAGGCCCUAUGAACUUUCCACCUCUUCCAAGACGCCGUGUAAGCCAAGUAGCAAAAAGCCUGCGAUCUCGAACGUGCCCGAAGUCCCAAUCAUCAUCACAGACUCAUCAUCCUCAGAGAGUUCGCGCGAGUCCGCCGAUAUUGUUGAAAAUCGUAGAGACAAACAUAGAGUCACAGGUGAGACGAACAAUGAUGCGAGCAGCUGUUCUUCAUCAGGAUCUAUCUCUCCCAUUUCUCUCAAUUCCAGGUUGACUGAGAUGAAUCUGGGAUCUGAUCGAGCAAGAAGAUCAUCCGCAUCCGAUGAAAAGUUACCUGUAAGUUCCGAAAAGAAACCGAGUAACUCAUCUAGCUUCGAGAGGGGAAGUCUUAUGAGCACUAGUUCUGGAGAUUCUCGUGCCCCUCGAGACUCUACGCUUGCUAGGAGCCGCUCCGGAAUGGGAGUUGCGGGAUUGGUUGGGCUUAUGAAUGAAGGAAACACGUGCUACCUGAAUAGUUGCUUGCAGUGUUUGGCCCACUCGCUUCCUCUUGCAUCGAGUAUCCAGGGGCCUCUUCAAGAACUUAUGCAGAGGAGGGGGAGUGGUAUGAGAGCAGGUUCUUCCGAGAGGGAUUUCUCUAGUUUGACAGAAUUGCUAGCGUACUCAUUUAGGCAGGUCGUAAGGGAUCUCUGGCAAAGGCCGGCAUUCUCCGCCACAAGUGCCAGGACGUUUCUUCAAUGUGUGCAGGCUUGGGCGCCGCAAUUUGCAGGUCAUUCGCAACAUGAUGCGCAGGAAGUGUUGAGGGCGAUACUUGACGGCCUUCACGAGGCUUUGAACAAGGUUACGACCCCUCCACCUUACAGAGACCUUUACAUCGAGCCGAAGCCUGAAGAAGAGCUUGCUGAUUUGACUUGGAGGUAUCACAAACUAUGUCAGGACUCAAUCAUUCAAGACAUUUUUUGUGGGCAGCUACAAAGCACCAUUGAGUGCUGUACAUGUCAUCGGAAAUCUCACUGUUUCGAUCCAUUUUUGGACCUCUCUCUGCCUUUUCCAAAAAAUGCUGGUGAGUCCAGUAUGAGGGAUCAGUUUAGAGGUGGACAGUCCAGAGCAAGAGUUACUUUGCAAGAUUGCUUGUCAGCGUUCGUUACACCGGAGCAACUGGAAGGCAGCAAUAAAUACUAUUGUCCAAGUUGCAAGGCUCCUCGGACAUCGAUAAAGAAGUUAACACUUUACCGACUGCCUCCCGUCCUUGUGCUUCACAUCAAGCGUUUUUUCAAAUCAGACCGUUAUUCAUACCAAAAAGACGAUACUCCAGUAUAUUACCCACUGAAAGGACUUGACUUAACAGACUUCCUGUCAUCUAGGAGGGUUGGGAGGCAGGGAGUCAUUUAUGACUUGUACGGCGUGUGCUGCCACAUGGGUUCUCUGGGCGGUGGUCAUUACACUGCGCAGUGCAAGAACUGGGAGAACGAUGUGUGGUAUUGCUUCAACGAUUCUUCUGUAUCACCAUUGCAAGAUUCUGCUGUUCUUAGUUCCUCUGCGUACAUACUCUUUUACCAGCAACGGACUUGAUGUGAAUUGUCGAGGAGAUGAAUGGAGCGAACUCCAGUCAGAUCAGAGUAGCAAGAGAUGGGCUGGAUGACUACAAAGGAAGGGUCGAGUUGCAGAUCGCCCGUCAAAAUUAUCUUGUAUAAGGAGAUGUUUGUUAAUGGCCUGCGACGUGUAAUUGUUGAAAUAUCGCCUAACUAGGUUGUAAGCUACCGUGGAAGACUUGCAAGAAGUUUAAAUCUACUUCAGCGCAGAGGAUGUCCAGGGAAUGUACAUGGUGUACACUGAAAACAGUUGUGCCUCUUGGAAUGUGGCCGCUCAAAUCGGAAAAUUUUGUUAGAGAAAGUGUGCUGAUUCGUUUGUAAAGGAGUUCGUAGCCUACUUGCAUAAAUAAUUUGUUGUGUUGGCAAUGUGAGAGCAGGGCUCACCAUCGGCAUUAGGACUGUAGAAUUUAAGUUAAGAAUGAGGAUAGGAUGAUUCUGGAAAAAAAUAGUGACAUCCCUGCUUUUGUGCUUAUUCCAGAUGUGCUCUUUAGUCAAAGUCCUCGACGACGCUGCCACGAUUUAACGAGCAGCCACUGGGGCUUACUGUAUUGUUUGGUCACCUAUUUAACAUACCUUUAGUUAGAGAAUCACCUUACAAUUUCUACCUUCUUUGCACCGAGGGCUCAUGACUCUGAAGCUAAUCUGUAUAGUCUGAAACCUCAUAAGCGAUCCAUGUAAGUGGGGAAGGAGUUCCAUGUGUUCGUUGUUUAAGUUUGACCUCAAUUGAAUGGAUGAAGUCUUUGCUUGCAUAAUGUGGACUUUUAUGGUAUCACUUUUGUCAUCGUCAUAUUUACGGUUUGUUGAAGUGAAAGAUGACCUCCAGGGUUCCCGUGUUUUCCUCUAUUUGCCUCUGUUGUUCUUCGUUGGUUUUACUUUCCCCAGAAAAUGACCAUUGAGACUCAGUUAUCAGAUUGUCAUGAGUUUUACUUUAGUCUAAAUUAUAUUGCGCUUAACAGUAGUCAGUAAGGGCAUUUGGUCUAGUGGUAUGAUUCUUGCUUAGGGUGCAAGAGGUCCCGAGUUCAAUUCUCGGAAUGCCCCUUUUGGUCUCUCCUUGAACGUGUGAGUUCUCGGAAAGCUUUAACCGGAAAUGUGGUCUAGGGAACCU